AUGUCUACACAAUCGGUCAAUUACGAUCUAAUCAAUACAUUGCAAAUGGCACAAAAGUAUCUCUAUCAAUAUUUUGCUUUUGCUUUAAUGAUUCUCGGUACAAUAGGUUGUAUCUUUAGUUUAUUAGUUUUUACCAAAACAACUUUUCGUAAAAAUCCAUGUUCAUUAUACAUGAUUGCGUAUUAUAUCGGUAACUUAACAGAAAUUUAUACAGUAAUAUUACCAUCAGUAUUAGUAUUUAGUUAUAAUCAAUCUAUUUCCGUCCAAAGUAUACAUGCUUGUCGAUUUAUUUAUUAUAUGGCUGUUGUUUUAAAUUUUUUAUGUCCAUCAUAUUUGAUUUUUGCGUCUAUUGAUCGAAUAUUAAUCACAUCAUCGAAUGCAACAACGAGACGGCGAAGUACUGUUCGCCGUGCUUCUAUUUCUGUAAUAAGUAUAACAUUAUUUUGGUUUUUAUGUGAGGCUCAUGUAUUAGUUUUCACAAAAAUAUUCGAAGUUGUAACAAAUUAUGUUGUUUGUUUUUUUCAAGGUGGAUUAUAUUUAACUGUUUUUAUUUAUUAUUCAACGACAAUAGCUCUACUUAUUCCAUUCAUUUUGGCGAUUUUAGGCUAUUGGGCGAUUAAAAAUAUUCGACAAGUAGGGAAACAUCGAGUUCAUAUUGUUGGAUCGAAUGUUGAAACAUCCGCGCAUAUUAAUCAGCAACAGAUUCAGUCGAAAGAUCGUCAACUUAUUCGAAUCGUUCUUAUGGAUAUUGUCAUUUAUAUUUUAUCAAGUUUUCCACUCGCAAUUGUUUCGAUUUGGCUACAAGCGAUCCAAUAUGAUGUAAAAACCUUAGAACAAUCGCAAAUCAAUAGUUUUAUAAAUAAUAUUUGUGUAUGUAUUGGAUAUAUUCCAUAUUGCAUUGGAUUCUAUAAAAAUUUAUUUACCUCAAAAACAUUUCGAAAUGAAUUCAUGAACAUCUUUCUACGUAAAUAA